AUGACCGAAAUCGAGGUGCCGAGUCGACAACAAGAUCGGUGGCAACAAAUCGAUCGAAUGAAAUCAAAAAGCGCUUGCACAAUUUGCGAUUAUUUGGUGCCGACCUCGUCGACAAGUCGGGAAAAUAAAUACUUUGGAACAAUAACAUGUCCUCAUCAAAAGAAAAGAGAAAAUCAUUUGAAUAUUGAUGUGCAUUCGGCUGGAUGUUCAAUAGUGAAUACACCAAAUCCCUUAGAGAAACAAGGGCAACGUUUCGAUUUUCAUCUACCAACACCACAAUCGCCAAGAUUCCUCAAUUUACCGACUCCUCCCCGUUCUCGUCUCUCCUCUCCAUCACAUUUCACCGAGCACAAGAAAUUCGGUUUCCCACCAAUCUCCGACGAUUCUCAAUCACUGCCUGAGAUUGAAGUUCGACAAAUUGAUCGAGAAGAAUUGCAUUUACCUCAAAUCUGCAACUUGAGCAUUGGAGAGAGUCAUCAAAAUCUACGAGGUGUUCAUUUAAGAGGAAAUCGACGUCAUAGUUUAGCCCCAUUACAACAAAACGUCAAUUUCAAUGUGAUGGCGUCAAUGUACGGAAAAGAUGCUCAAUAUAUGAGAGGUGAAGGAGGAGGGGGGAUGGGUGGCGGAGGUGGACUGUCACCCACUCCAAAAUAUCUCGAUCAUCCACCCGUCUACAAUGGAAAUCCAAAAACAAUCAUCACAAGGACAGUAAACGUUGUUGAAGAGGAUGAUGAAGUUGAAUGCACUCCAUUCAUGUGUACACACUAUAUGGGAGCUCUCAGAUGGUUUCAAUUGCUCUGUUUCUUCAUUUUACAAUGGUUGAUUCAAAUCACUUGUGGAAACGAUGCAUGCACGAUGAUCAUGAACGUUUUUGGAUACAUUGCGCUUGGACAAGUAUUUGUUUUAAUCAUUCUCUUAUGGAUGUCAAUCCUCUGUGUGAUCAUUCUUUCUCUAUAUGGACUCAAUGGACAUCGAUGCAUUCCAGGAGUGAUGAAUGGAUUGGAAAAGCUCUACGCCUUUUCGGGGAUUGUUCUUUUCCCGAUUGCUGGAAUUCUUGGUGCUUGGAUGGCUGGAUUGACUGUUCAUGAAUCGUACAAUUAUCAAGGAAGAGGAUAUGCACAUAUUCGACCACAAUGGAUUGCUGCAGCGGUGAUCGAAUUCCUGAUGGUUCCCCUGUACGUGUUUGAUUUGAUUUGUCAACGUCGUGAGAAUUUCCCAUGGACUGGGAAAGAAUAUAAAGAGGUGACCGGGACACAAGUGACCACAACGCAAAAUUAUAAACCGACUGGCCAAAGCAGUUAUUACAAUGAUUAUCUG